CUGGCCUCACUUGUCUCCAAGCGCGAAUGCUUGUGCAAGGUCAAUCGUUUCCGCUCCUUACGCCCAACCAAACCCAUCAUUCUGGAUUCCCCGGUCAUUGGCAUAAGACCGAAGCUGUACUUGUCCUGCAGAAAGGGUCAUUUUAUUGAAUUAUAUGCAACGAGGGAUGGCCGGUUUGGAAUGGGCUCUCGGAGGCACGGUUACAAAUGCAGACAAGCAAGUGGAGCGAUGAAUGCUGAGAAAGCAGCCCUUAAUCCUUCCCGGCAUAGAGAUGGCGCUCAUUUCCACUUUAUCUUUUUAUUUCUGUACUAG